CGGUCUUUGCCACGUUCGGUUCAGUAUUAAUUCGUACUUCGUUGAGAGUGGUUUGCUUGUCGCCGUAAGCUGCAAAGCAAUAUUUUCGCGUCUCCGCGUGCCCCCGUCAUUGCCGUUGUCCGUCGCCGUCAUCAUAACAACAUCGUCGUGGUCAUCCUGCUGCGCUGCCCGUCGUCGUGUGUUCUAUUGUGGCACCGUCGCGGCGCCCCGUGCAUUUUAUUUUUUUUAUAUCGUUUUGUUUGCUGGCCGUCGCAGGUAUCUACGAAUGCGAGAAUCAUAAGAAUCGCUUCGUAGAAGUUGCUUCAUUUGUGCGGGCUUCAACGUUUAACCAGUGGAUAUUGAGCGGUGCAUUUUUUGUUUACCAGCGGAUUCGUCCAUCAGAAGUGUUUUCGUGGUACUGCCAAAUUCAAGCAAAGCCUACUUGAAUACCGAUACGUGGAUCUGCAAAAAGUGUUCGUUCUCCGUGCAUUUGUGAAUAUCGCUAUUUAGCCUUGGUGGAAAUAACAAAAAAUCCCAAGAAAAGCAAACAACCGGAAAACCUGCAUUUUAAAGAUAUAGUGCUAAAAAUAUUCCAGUGCAUUAGUGAUUCAAAGCAAUUGGGAAAAUCCAUCCAUCAAUGAAAAAGCUAAAAGUGGUGCUCAGCUUAACUGGUAGUGAGUGAAGAAAAUCCAAUCGCAAAAUCAAAGGAAACCCCAAACCCAUCGUUGCCGGAAUCGGUUUUAAAAGUUAAUCGGCCAACAAUCCAAGUGAGCAAAAGCGCAGAAGAGCGUAGGGUACCUGUGUUCAGCCACAGUCAGUGUUGUUUCCGUAUGCAAGUCAUUGUUGGUGGUUGCCUCUUUACUACACUCGGGUACAGUGCCUAGUAAGCCCGUAAGGUGAAGAAGUUUACAAUACUCAUACAGGCGCGCCCUCUGCUUUGCAAAACUCCACACCGUGGAAUACACGCGCAAGGCAGUGCCACCGAUCGAGAGAAGCCCAUAAUUCAGUAUCUCUGCUUGGCCGUCGUUGAAGUUUUAAGUCGGUCGUCGUCUUCGGUGAGGGCUAACCAGUUCAGGUGCGGAGCGUGGUCGGUGGUGUGGAGAAGGAAGAAAGAAACCUACAACAACCAAAUUGGCCCCGUCGCGUCGUCGACGUCGUUGUCGUUGUCUGCUGCUUACUCACACCAAGCUGGGAUCGAGUCCGGUGUGAUUGACUUGUGUGGAGCAGCAGUUGGAAAAAGUUGAAUUUCAACUUUGUGCAAUAAGAAGGAGCCUCCAACGAGCCAGCAGAGUAGCAUCAGACCUGGCUUGGCCAUUUCUUAUUUGAAAUUCUUUUUCACACACCGUUAGCAUAGACCAAGAUUCCACUAACGGGAUGAUGGCACCAUCCCCCUCCAAGAGUUCCAAAACACAACAUCCGUCGUUUAUAAUAACGGCGGACUCGGUGGACUCUAGUCCGGUUCCGUCCAGUCCGCCCAGUACAGAUGCUCCCAAAUCACAGUGCUCAUCGUUAUCGGACGGAGAAUCCUUCGAAUGUUACGGUGAGAACGACAUAUCGAUAUCAGAAAAUGGGGGCGUGGACCUGGAGCUGGCUCCAACCCUCAACUCCACACCCAUUAGCGAAAGCAACAAUAACAAUGGCAAUGGCAUCACCAGACACACGUGGAGCCGCAUGAGCUUACGCGGUGCGCCUAAAAGCCAAAACAAUGAUAACCUGCCAAACCGGCGCUGGGGCUCGAUGCGACACUCCGGGAAGAGACAGCUGGGAUCCAAUGCCUUAGCCAAUCACCUCUACCGAUCAUCGAGUUUCAACUCGUCCGGCCGCAGCUCUAACUGUGAUACAGCAGAAGACAUGUAUAGCGAUGUAAGUUUGGAGGACGUGCAAGACUUAAAUCAUAAGCUAGAGAUAUUACAACGACAGGUGACGAACCUGGCGGACACGCAAAACAAUGCCGACGAUCGCACCAGCAGGACGAAGGCGGAGUACGCCGUGCUACAGGCCCGUUACCAUAUGCUGGAAGAACAGCUAAGAGAGACGGAACUGCGGGCGGAGGAGCGGCUCGCCGAGGAGCAAAAACGACACCGGGAACUGCUGGCACGGGUCGAACGGGAAGCCAAACUACAGAACGAAAACUGCCAGAUCCGGAUACGGACGAUCGAGGUGGAAGCGAACCAGCUGCGGGAGGAAAUCUCCCGGUUGCGGUUACAGUGCGACAAGCAAGCCGCCGAUCUGCAUGCCACCGAGGACAAGCUGGAGAAGACGCGUGACAAUCUGAUGAUCGCCCAGCAGGAGCUGGCCGAGGCGAAAGCCAAUGAGAAGAAACACAAAGCGGACAAGCAGGCAGCCGAGGAUCUGAUGGUUGAACUGGGCAAGGAGUGUGAGCGUCUCCGUACGGAACGUGGCCCUGCCCUGCCGACGACAUCGCCUGAAUCCCUGCGAUUGGAAGAGCUACAUCAGGAAAUGGAAGAACUGCGACAGAAAUCCAAACAACUGGAGGAAGCGAACGAGGAACUGCAAGCGAUGGUGCUAACCAAGGGAGUCGAGGAAGGACGAAAUCUGCUCAACGGUACAUCCAACAGUCUCGCACAGGAACUGGAAGCCAUGAGUCAAAAUCAGGAUACCGUUGAUUCGACGACAUUAGCGUCAUUAACACAGCUCCAGAUCGCAUUCCAGGACAAGGAGGAGGAAAACCGCCGACUGAAACACUACAUCGAAACGAUGCUGCUCCAGGUGGUCGAACACUAUCCGCAGCUACUCGAAGUCAAGGCGGCAUAAUCGCUCAUCGCCGGCCCCGGGCAUGUCUUAUCCAGAUUAGGAACACAGGGACGAACAAGUUGAAGAUAUUCUCGACGAUGAAAGUUGAACGGAGGCAACCUUGUUCGACCUUACUUAGAAUCAGUAUGUAACUACAGCCACCGUCACGGCGGUUUGUGAUGAUAAGAUGUGAUUGAUGACGAGAGAACGACGACAAAGCAGCAGAAUCCCUCCCUCCCAGAAAGUACGCAACUGUCACGUCCCACGGAGCGAUUUAGGAUGUAUUUUAGGCAAGGAGUUGAAGGAUUUAGGAUAUCUUUUGCAUAUUUAAGUUAUAAACGAACCCGCUGAGAGCAACGCGUUCGAAGGCAGAAACAAACCGCAUCUUACACAAGCAAUAUAUUUUAUAUGUAUUUAGACUUAGGAACUACAUCCACACCAACACUGUAGCGUGUGUUCGGCGACUAAGCUAACGAGGAUGUUCUUUUUUAUAUAUUUGUAUUUUAUAUAAAUCUUUAAUUUUCCAAUCCUUGUUCAGACAUGCUCGUAUUUGAUUUUUUGUUUUGUUCUUUUAAAAACAAAAUUACUUUUGUCAGUCGUCUGCCUUAUUAUAUCAAUCAGAGCAAAUGGUAGAAAUUCGGAGAGAAUUACAAAAAGAUACUCGAAAAAUAACUGUUAUCAGAUUUGUCGAAUGCUGUGCAAAGAUAUUGCAUUCGAUGCUCAAUUCAACUUCAAUUAGCUCAACACACAGGUGAUAUCGAUAAAAAAAAAACAACUUUUACUGAAACCCUGUUUUCUGGAAAUAAUUGAUUCAGCUCUGAUUAUAUCUUUUGUACAAGUUUAAAGAAAAGAAAAAAGGUAUAAAAAGUAAAUCGUUGGUGCUUUCAAUGAAAACCUUUUCAUGUGUUUCCCAUUUUACUUUGUAGCUAGCUACAUUGAACAUAAUUGCCUUCAAAAAUGAACUGUGAAUAUCCUCUGGUUGAAGUUUUUUGUAAAUAUAUUUCCUUGCUCGCUCAAGACAUACACAACUGUCGUAAAAAAGCGAUAAAUCAAACUGUUUUACCUACUUUUAUGUAUGUUGUAACAAUUUAUUGAAGAUUGCCGUCAUUGCUGAAUGAAAAAUGGUCAGGCCGAGAGUCGGUCGUUAGUUACAAAAGUAAAAAGCUGUUGCGAUUCUUACAAAUAUUUACACAAUCAGCAACAAAUUAACAUUGGUCUGUAUGGCUCUGUGUUUAACUGAAAAUUUAGCCUUAUUUAACAUGUGUUUACACUUUUUCAAAGGACAUACGGCGUAUGUGAAAGGACGUAUGAUGAAAAAGCGGUUAAGUCGUAGGAACUAACAGCAAGAUGCAAAAAGAACAAAAACACCCUUUAUAGGUUAAUAUAUACUACCUACCUUCUUAUGUAUUAGUGAAUGUAGGACUAAUAGCGAUGCUCUUUAUUGAAGGGAGAAUAUCAACAGUUAUAGUAAGAAUGAAAAAUCAAUUUUAAAUUGGAUGCCAAAAUAGCGUUCUACUAUACUAAACGGUACUGUAUUAGCAAUGAUGAAUGAACAAAUAAAAACUGACUAAAAGACUA